AUGAGUAAGACUUUGGAGGCAAUGAAAUCAAAUUUCAAUUCAAUAAGAACAGGAGGAUCAAGCCCAGCACUACUAGAUCGAAUUGAGGUUGAGUUCUAUGGAAGCCCUGUCAACCUCAAGAGUCUUCCACAAGUUAGUGUGAUAGAAGGAAAUUCUCUUUUGAUUCAGCCAUUUGAUAAGUCCAGUGUAAAGCCUAUUGAAAAAGCCAUUAGCAAAUCUAAUCUGGGUUUAACUCCAAGCAGUGAUGGAAAUAUAAUUCGAUUAAAUAUUCCACAGCUGACAGCUGAAAGAAGAAAGGAUGUUGCUGUGAAGAUCCUCAUAGAUCAAGAUUUGUAUGAAGAGCGACUUAAGGAGUUCCUGAGAGAGGUUGCAAUCAUGAUACGUUUGCGACAUCCCAAUGUUGUCCUUUUCAUGGGCGCUGUAACAAAGCGUCCCAACUUGUCAAUUGUGACUGAAUAUUUACCAAGGGGAAGCUUGUAUCGUCUUAUUCAUAGAGCAGGACAAAGGGAGUUACUGGAUGAAAGGCGACGAUUGCGAAUGGCACUAGAUGUGGCCAAGGGAAUAGACUAUUUACAUCGGUAUGACCCUCCUAUUGUUCAUCGAGAUCUGAAGUCUCCUAAUUUAUUGGUUGACAAGACGUGGAAAGUGAAGGUUUGUGAUUUUGGUUUAUCACGAUUCAAGGCAAAUACAUUCAUCUCUUCCAAAUCUGCAGCGGGAACGCCUGAAUGGAUGGCUCCUGAAGUGCUUCGUGAUGAACCAUCCAAUGAGAAAUCUGAUGUCUAUAGUUUUGGUGUAAUUCUUUGGGAACUUGUCACUAUGCAGCAACCGUGGAGUGGCUUAAGUCCAGCUCAGGUUGUUGGAGCUGUUGGUUUUCAAAACAGAAGGCUUGCAAUUCCACCGGAUAUGCUCCCUGAAAUAGCUUCCUUAAUUGAGGCUUGCUGGGCCAAUGACCCAAGACAGCGACCGAGUGUUUCAAAUAUUAUGGAUUCUUUAAUAGCAUUGCUAAAGCCUUCAGCCGCACAACCUGUUCAUGGUGGGAAGUCAUAACUUUCUUCAAAGGUGUGCAU